AUGAAGUCAUACGUCGCUUGCAUCUUGGGCGCUGCCAUCGCCGCCAGCAGCGUCUCUGCCCAACAGGCCGUCGUUGUCAACUCUUGUACCUCGAAUGUCUAUGUUCAAUCGUUUCCUUUCGACGGUAGCGCCGCGGGCACCCUGACUACCCUCGCUCCUGGCGGGCGUUACGCUGAGGACUUUCAUGCAGCUGGCUCGACCAUCAAGCUGGCCACUGACAAGGCGCUGAGCACGCCGCUGUUCUUUGGCUACUCCUUCACCGAGACUCCUGAUUACGCUUACUAUGAGCUCAGCUCGGAAUGGGGAAACCCCUUCAGCAAGUCGCACAACAUCCUCACCCCGGGCGAUGGCUGCCAGGUGUUCGACUGUGACGCUGGUGCGGCGGACUGCUACAGCACCCCUGCGAUGAAGAAGGUCUAUGGCUGCCCGCAGCCCGUCAACUUGGAGGCUACCCUGUGUGCUUGA